AUGAGCCCAAACGGUGUCGGACUUAUUAUGAAGAGCAUCAAGGCCGACUACAAAUUUCCAGUAGUGUACCCCGAUCGCAUAUCCGUCUACCACAAGCUGCGGUCCUUGCCUGGGAGGUCAGACACGUCACUCAUUCUCGACUGCAUGAUCUUGUCACACAGACAUCACCGCGUUGCCGCCCGCACCGCGGAGGAUGUUGUGAUAUAUGAUUACAGGAAUGCCACCAAAACAACUACGCCCCCUUUUGUCCAGGACGUGUUUCAAAGCACGUGGGAAAAGCAAGAGGCGGCGAUAUGUUCCUCCAGGGCCAGGAUAUGGCAGCUGACGAAACAAGUCGAGGAGAUUGAGAAGGAAACAUGGGACCGCGAGGAUGCCGUCGAGGAUCUAGGAGCUUCUGGCAGUACAAGGCCUGCCAACUGA